UCAGUUGACAAACGUCCUGUUUAGUUAUGGCCAGAUUACGAUCGUCGAUAACUCAAAUUUGAAUUCGAAUCCUACGUUUUUUAGUGAGUGGAUGAUGUCAGAUAUCAGUCAGUUUUGUUAUCUGUUAAUGUUCGCAAUUAUCUUUGUCCUUUCUAUAAAAGAGACAAAUGGAUUUUUCAUCAAACAUGUUCAAUCAGGAAAGUGUAUUAAUGAUACGGGGAUGACGCUUUUUAGUAAUUUUUAUGGUAUUGGUUACUAUCUGAACCUUACUAAGAACUGUUUUGACUCAACAACUCAGUUUAAAUUUCAUCAAUCUGGCUCCAUCUUAAAACUAAAUAGAAGAGGUUGUCUUGUGGGAGAAAGGAACUUACAAGAGUUGUUUUUGAUAUACGAAAAGAAAGGUGACAUUGCUGCUGCUUGCAAUGAAGCAAACGCCUUAACCCAAACUUUUCAAGGUGGAAUAUUCACUUCCGACUUUAGGAAAUGUGCAGUACCUCCAGGAUAUGUUACACGUCAUGUCUACAUGGGAAUAGCCAAAUGUAGUGAUGAAGAAGAUCAGCGAUUUCAUUUUGGUUUAGUGGUAUGUGCAGGACAAAAGAUAGCGAACGCUAGAUGUUCUAAUAAUCAAUAUAUGGUAGUAAAAAAGGCUGAAUAUCGUGGAUUGAGUAAAGGAAGCUCUUGUGGCUCGAGUUAUAAUUUCAGUUGUAGUGUUGAUGUGACAUGUGACCUUAAAAAUUAUUGUGAUGGUGAAAGGGAAUGUAAUAUAACUGUCGAUGAUAAUCAUUUUCCUUCGAAUAUUUGUCCUGGUUUGGAGAAAUAUCUUUACUUUGAAUAUCAAUGUAAUGACACAAGUAUGCCACACAGAGAGAUUUUUAAUUUUCAUGAUGUAAGUCUGUCUCAGUUGAAUCUACCCAACGAAGGUCUCGUGGAUGUUUUUACCAAGUAUAGAAACUUCACCAUCUGCAACAAUGGUCUUUUACGUAAAGAAAAGACAAUUGUUUGUGAGCACUUCGGAUAUCCUACCGCAGCAUCUUUGGAAGGCUCAAGGUCGUUAUCGUCUUCGUUUAUACCUGGAAAUGUCAAAUGUGAUGCGCAAGUGUUCAAUUUAUCUCAAUGUGCUAUCACUCAAAAUAAUGAUUGUUCUCAAUACUCGUACGUAACAUACUCCUCAUUUACUGCCUCGGCUUUAACAGAAGGUCAUAGUGCUGCUAAAGGAAGAAUAUCCAGUGGCAGUUCUUGGUGUGCUCCUGCUGAUGAUGGCAAUCAUUAUCUACAACUGAACUUUGAAAAACUUUAUGCCAUAAACACAAUCGCGAUCUUUGGAGACAAUAUAAGCCCAAGUUGGGUAGCUAGCUAUUACGUGAACACUACAUCUGAUUUAAAAAACUGGAAAUCAGUUUUUUGCACGAAUUUACAGCUUUUCAAAGGCAACAAAAACGCUUACAAUGACGCUGCUAUAUCAAGCAUCACAGGGGGUAUUAGAACGAAAGCUUUACGGCUUAUUCCGGUGAAUUACCAUGGUCGACCAUGCUUACGAACAGAAGUUUGUGGUGGAGAAUUGCUUCCAGGCCAACCGACCCAUCUCAGAGUCACUUCCACCACGUCAAGAAAUGCUAAAGUAUCCUGGAUGGCACCCAAAAACGUUGCUGUGACACCUGGUACUGGUGUUAAAAAUCCUCUGACAAACUUCAGGCUGGUUCUAAAGAAAAAAAUGAAGGUCAUUUCAAACAAAACUGAGCCGUCUAACGUUGCUAAGCCUUACAUGUUCCGCCAUCUUAUUCCUAACACAAUUUACAUGGUAGAUGUAGCCGCUGGAAACUCUGAAGGUUUUGGAGAACCAGCAAUUUUAUCUUUCCAAACAAACGAGGAUGUACCUGAUGGUCCUCCUUUGAACGUCACAAUCUACGUCAUCGGCGAUACAUCGUUGUUAAUCACGUGGGAAUCACCAGCUGAAAACAAAAGAAACGGGAAGAUUGUCAAUUACACCAUUUGUAUAAAACAAAGUGGGGAUUUCCCAUGUUCUGGAAACUUUUCUACUGAAGACCAAAGUUUCAGGAUAAAUGACUUGAAAGCAGCGACAAUGUACGAUAUCCGCGUUUUGGCCAGUACUAGAGUUGGUCGUGGAAGCUACAGUGAAAAACAAAUGGCGAAAACAAAUACAUUUUCAGGGCGUUCUAAUGUGCCAAUGAACUCGACAGGAAAAACAUUGACGUUUUCUUUGAAGAUUCCUUCAAGAAAAUUUAAGUAUUUCUUUGUCGUUGCUAUGGAAGAUGACGGACAACGUCUCCCAUCGACUUCUGAAUUGAAAAUGGAAAACUUUGUAAGGUAUUCGGCAACACUCUCACAAUUUAAACCUUAUAUCGCUGCAGUACUGAAACCCAGAGAUGAUGGUUUAUUUGUACUUGGUGAUGGCUCAAAUACAAGUGUUUCGGGAACACGAAAACGACGCUCCGCGGAUAUUUUUUUUAACGGUCCCCUUAAAGCUAAUUCUAGUUAUCGAAUUUUCCAACAUGUUGUGAUUAAUGAUAAGGGUGCUUCUUAUUCAACUGAUUGGAGUGCUGUGGGAAGAACAACUUCAGAACAAAUCUCAAAUCCAUCUCCAACCAUAGACGUUAGAAAAGACGACAAGAACAAUUCUUCAGUUAUUAUUGGUGCAGCUGUUGCCGUCGCUUUUGUUUUGAUAAUCAUUUUUGUGAUCGUGAUGGCUCUUUUAAGAAGAAAACGUGAUGGUAAAAAGGAAUCUAACAAAUUUCUGUCGUCAGAUGAUAAAAGAGAUAACGUGCAGGAAAUGUCCGUUAGAAAUGAAAUGUUUGAUGAUGACAUUGUGAAUAAUGUUGAACCACCGGUGAAUAACAACAAGGAUCUUAGCAACCUAAUUACUGACGACGAAGAACCAUACGCAAACAAUGAAUCCAUUGCGAUUCGUAAACAUUUUCCAAUUCCUAUUGCAAAUUUUACUGCACACGUAAAGAAGCUGAGACAAAAAAACAUGCAUGAAUUAAAGCUGGAAUUCGAGGAUUUACCGAAUGGUCAGAAGAGCAACUGGGAUAUUGCCAAAAGUCCUAUGAAUUCUUCCAAAAAUCGAUAUGGAAACGCAAUCACAUAUAACCAUUCUCGCGUGAUACUCUCUGGUGACGAAAAAACGGAUUAUAUCAAUGCUUCAUUCAUUGACGGAAAACGUGCGAAUUACUACAUUGCGACGCAAGGACCCAAACCCAAAACAGUCAACGAUUUCUGGAGGAUAAUUUUCGAGCAAAAGUGUCCAACUAUUGUUAUGUUGACAACUUUAAAAGAAAUGGGAAAGGUGAAAUGUGAAAAAUAUUGGCCAGAUGAAUCUAAUGUAUAUGGUGAAAUUCAAGUGACCGUCACUGAGACAAAAACGUUUGCUGACUACGUCACGCGCAUGAUGGUUGUUGAAAAGAACGGCGAACAUCACGAAGUGGAGCAGUUUCACUACAAAUCAUGGCCAGACUAUGGAGUACCUCGUUAUCCAACACAACUCUUGACAUUCAGGAACCAUUUUAAGCUAUCGCACAAAACAAGAUCCAGUCCAGUCGUCGUUCAUUGUAGUGCUGGUGUUGGUCGUACUGGAGUAUUUAUUGCCAUAGAUAAAAUCCUCGAUGAUCUUGAUGAUGAAUAUGAAACAAACAUUGACGUAUUUGGCUUUGUAGAAGAGAUGAGAUCGCGCCGCAUAAACAUGGUGCAGACAGCGGAUCAAUACAUGUUCAUUCAUGACACCAUUAUCGAUCACAUCCAAUGUGGAGCGAAUGAAAUUGAUGCUGUUCAAAUCAAGGUCGAGAUUGCGCAGCUCUCUAAGAAGAAUAGGGGAGGGAAAACUGGAUUUGAAGAAAAAUUUGAGCGUCUACAAUCAGUUACACAUGGACUUCCUGAAGAACUUUGUGAAGCAGCACUUUCGGAAGAGAAUAGCAAGAAAAAUCGUUAUCCUACAAUCUAUCCAACUGAAACUAAUCGUCCUACUCUUCGGCGUGUUGAACACUUAGAAACUUCUGAUUACAUAAACGCAUGUUUUGUUGAUGGUUAUCUUGGCAAGAAUUACUUCAUUGCAACACAUAUGCCUUUGAAGGCAACAAUCAACGACUUUUGGAGAAUGGUCACUCAAUAUAAAUGUACGACCAUCGUUUUGCUGAAUCAGCUAACUGAAGAUAACAAGGAAUAUCCGAUGUUUUGGCCCACGAAGAGAGCAACAAGUCGACCUUAUGGAACAUGUUCUGUUCUGUUCGAUUCAGUCGUAAAGAAAGAAGACAUUGUUGUGAGAAAGCUUAUAGCCUCACCAUCGAUGGACAUCAAAGAAGGUCAAAUGGUUCAUUUAAUUCAGUAUUUGUCGUGGCCAAAUCAUGGCGUACCUAAAGAUGUUCGCAGUUUGUUGAAUGUCCUUUCAGAAGUUGAAGAAGCCCAAAGAGCCGUAGAGGACAAAGGACCUGUUGUCCUUGUCUGCAGUGAUGGAGCAGGUAGAUCAGGCACCUAUAUCACCAUCUCUAACCUUGUGGAUCGAGUUAAAAUCGUUCAAGUGAUCGAUGUGUUUCAGUGCAUAAAGUUAAUCCGAAAUGCGCGCCCACAGUUUGUUGAGACAGCAGAACAAUUCAAACUCUGUUACAAUGCAGUGUCAUGCGUAUUGGAGUCCUUCGACGAGUAUUCAAAUUUCACAGAAUUAGCAAAAAUUUGAGAAUUAACUUUAACGUUUAACUUUAGUUUACACUCGUAGUACAAGGUAGGCAUGCAAUAAUGUCUAGAAUUAGAUGGAAGUAAAAUAAGACUUACAAAUCUUAAAUAGAUGAAUUAAUUUGAAUUUAUCCUUAUUGCAUUGUUUAGCUAGCUAAAGCGGGAAAAAACAUUCGUGUAUAUUUAGUUGUUAGAAUCAGAAGCGAAGCCAGCCCGUUUUGUUUUUUUUUACUCCUGCAAUGCAAAUAUUAUUGUGUUCAAUCACUGAAAAAAAAAUGGAAAUAAUUUUCUAAAGAAAUGAAUAAUAAUUUUGCAGAGAAAUUUGCAUUGCGGUAAGAGUAAAAAAUCGCCAGUGGUUAGUAUUUAUAACCACUUUUUUCUGUUUUAUACGACAAUAUACGAGGCUUCUUAAAUGUAAUGAGUGGUCAAAGUUCUACGUAAUAUUGACACUUGUUCGUAAUUUAUAAACAAUCUUGUGCCAUCGAUUUAAGGACUUUUUUACUCUAAAUUUAUUGGAUUCUUUUAAUUUUUUUACUGCGACCAUAAAUAUUUACAUUUGAACAUUUGUCUUAUCUCAUCUCAUGAAAAUAUUCUUGCUAUAUUUUAUGUAGUAAAUAUUCAAUAAUAAAGAAAAAUAAAAA